AUGUCGACUACUCUGGAACAUCCUCAGCUUGGCCACGUCGCCGGUAUAAAACACGGCAACGUACUUCGCUUCCUUGGCAUUCAGUAUGCCACACUCGAAAACCGAUUCGCACAAGCUAAAUUGGUCGUGAACAACCAGAAGGGCGGCAAAUUCGACAAGCAUGGCCCUACCGCGGUGAUGAUGGACAACGCUUGCCAAACCGAGCACAUGUUUAUACAAAAGAGCUUACCAUACACGCCUGUCAAGUCGUCUGAUACAGACUGUCUGAACCUCGACAUAAACAUGCCUACAACUGACAAGACCGGUCUUCCCGUGUUCGUCUUCAUACACGGUGGCGGCUUUGCAUUGGGCUCGAAUGCGUGGCCACAGUAUGAUUUGGCGGCCUUCGUAGGUCGAUCAGUCGAGCGCGGCACACCAGUCAUUGCUGUGGGAAUCAACUAUCGCUUGGGUGUGUUUGGCUUCCUUGCAUCACAAGAACUUCUGGAUGCCGGCAUCGACGCGAAUCGAGGUCUCAAAGAUCAACUGGUCGCGUUGGAAUGGAUUCAUAAGAACAUCGCUGGUUUCGGAGGCGAUCCCGAAAAUGUUACUGUUGCAGGAGAGAGCGCGGGCGCCAUCUCGGCACUGAUCCAUGCAUGCCGCUCAGAUCGACUCUUUCGACGAGUCAUGAGUAUGGGCGGGACACCUUUACUGAUGAGUCCCAUCUCGCAAGCCUUUGCAGAUAACAUCUAUGCAUCUGUUACGAAACAACUGGACUUGCACGAUAUGGGAGCGCAGGAACGUAUCAAUGCCUUGCUGGCAAUUGACAAAGCAGACGUCGUGUCCAAAGUUUCGCCCUCUACACCCUUUCUUCCAGUUCUGGAUCGCGACAUCGUACCACUAGACUACUCGUUCGAGAAAUUGUCAACCAACUUUACCAAUUCGACGUGUGACCUCCUGAUUGGCGAUUGCGGGUUCGAUUCAUCGAUUCUCUUCUACAUGCUACACGAUCGACUACCAACGCUGGUCAGCGACUUUGUCAAGUCAACAGAGCGCUCCCUGGCCAAGUACCCCGACGUUCGUUCAGCUCUUUUGGACGGAUAUCGCAUAGGGAAUGAAGACACCCCUGAAAACUUGCAGCGCGUUCUCGAAUUUGGCCACGAUAUCUGCUUCUAUGCCCCUGUCGUUGAGAUUGCAAAGACCUGGCCACAGAGUGCUUAUGUCUUUCACUUCAACGAGAACAAUCCUUGGGACGGGCAGUGGAAGGGCUUCUCCACACAUAUCCUGGAUGUUGCCUUUUUGUUCUUGAAUUACCAGGAUCACCUGUCGAAAGAAGAGCAGGAGACAGCCUUGGCGUUCUGUGACGAUGUUCUCGACUUCGUGUCAGGCAAGGAGGCGGUUCCACGCUUUGGAAAGGGAAUGGAAGCCGCGAAAGUAUACGGGCCAGGUGAUGCUGGCAGCCGCUUCGUUCAAAGCACCAAAAGCGAAGAUUUUGGCAGACGCCCGCUAGUCUAUGAAAUGGCCAAGAAGACUGGGCUUGACGUGCUGCUGCAGGCGUGGAAAACUUUUAUGGCAGGGAUGUGA